AUGAUCGACCCAAUGGCAGGACUGGACGAUGGUCCAAUGAAAACGGAAGAGAAUGCCAAGGAAGUCUUUGAUUCCAUGACGCUGCAACGAAAUUUCCAACGAAUCGAUAAGAUACGCUCCGUCAUGGGGAUUGCGGCGGGAUGUGCUACUGGAAUUGUUGGUCUCACUGGAUUGGAAGGGUUUGCAUUCUUCCUGGUCGUUCAUUUUGCAAUCAGUCUCAUCAUUUGGGCUCUCAAAAUGAAUUUCAAUCUCAAGGGAUAUGUCAAAUUCACAUGGUGGGAAUAUCUCAUGGGAGGUCUACAACAAUACGCACUCUCCUUUACUCUAUUCUGGACACUCUUUUAUGGACUGGUCUAUCUGUACUAG